AUGGCAAUGAUUGUGGAUGGUAAUAGUGGUUAUUGUGGCAGUGAUUAUGAUAACGGUGACAAUGAUUGUGGAUAUGAAGAGUUUGGUACUUAUGGUAACAAUGACAAUGAUGAUGAAGGUAAUGAUUGUAAAAGGGUGUUAGUGGCUGUGGUGGCGGUGAUCAUAAUAGUGGUGGAGGCGAUGGUGGUGGUGAUGGCAGCGUUGGCAACAGUUAUUCCUCAUGAAAAGAAGGUUAUAUUUGCAUCUUACAAACUUGAUAAAAUUGCAUUGAAGUGGUGGAAUGGAUUACACGAUUAUCGAGUUUGCAAAGUUGCGAAAGAAAAGAAUUCAGAUCCAAAUAUUAUUUGUGGUGAGAUUGUUUGUAAAACUAAUGAAGAAGAUACAAAGUCUUGUUCGAGUGUUGAUGAUGCAUCAACACAUGCUAAUUUGAAUAUUGGGGAGAAAGUUUUACAAACAAAUCAUAAAAUUAUUGAGGAAGAAGAAGAUCUGAUUGAGCCCAGUAACAAAGAGAAAAUAGAAGAAGAGAUAAUACAACCGCUGCAUGGAACAAAGAAAUUGGUUGAUACUACACUUGAUAUUCCAAGGUUGAUAGUUGAAGGGUCAAUUGAAUCUGAGAUGGAGCUGCAGAACGAUGGCAAUAUGCAUGGUGCAAGAGUUGUUGAACUUGUGACAAAGGAAAAUAUUCACUUAAAUGCAAUGUCUGCUACUGCAUCGGAGUGCAUACCCUCCAAAUUCUUUUUGACACGCAUUGCAACGAGCACGUCCUGGGUCUUUAUCCAGAGCCAGGACAUGCUCAUGCGCAUCGUGCUGGAUUGUGAGUGGAAACGAAGCACACUUGACAUCAAUGUUAAAGUUGUAGCAUUCGCCGCACUGGUAAGCGAAUGUGUUGCAGAGAGUAUCGCAGGCGUUGCAGGAGAUACAGCAGCUAGUGAGGAGAUUGAGGGUGUGUUUUGGGUGAAGUGGAUAAUAAAAAAAAAGUGGCAGCCAAAGAGAGAAGGACGAAUAAGACAUCAUCUUGGAGAAACUUACUACAAAGAAGCCAAGAAUGAAGAUAUAGGAUUACCGUUAUUUCACUUUUCUACAAUCACUAAAGCUACAGAUAACUUUGCAAUUAACAAUAAGCUUGGAGAGGGCGGAUUUGGACCUGUUUACAAGGGUAGGCUAGAAGGGGGACAAGAAAUUGCUGUGAAGUUGCUUUCAAAGAAUUCAAAACAAGGAGCCGAUGAGUUCAAGAAUGAAGUCAUCUGCAUUGCCAAGCUUCAACAUCGGAAUGUUGUAAAGCUUCUAGGAUAUUGCAUUCAAGGAGAAGAAAGGUUGUUAAUAUAUGAAUACAUGCCCAACAAGAACUUGGACUCCUUUAUUUUCGAUCAAUCACAAAAGAUGCUACUGGAUUGGCCUACACGCUUCCACAUCAUCAAUGGAAUUUCUCGGGGGCUUCUUUAUCUUCAUCAAGAUUCCAGAGUGAGAAUUAUCCAUAGAGAUUUGAAAGGUAGCAAUAUUUUACUAGACCAUGAGAUGAAUCCAAAAAUAUCAGACUUUGGCUUAGCCAGAAUUUUUGGAGGAAAUGAGACAGUAGCAAAUACGAAAAGAGUGGUUGGAACAUAUGGGUACAUGUCUCCAGAAUAUGCAAUUGAGGGGCUAUUCUCAGUAAAGUCCGAUAUAUUUAGCUUUGGUGUUUUGAUAUUAGAAGUAGUGAGUGGGCAGAGAAACAGGGGAUUUUGUCACCCAAGUCACGACCUCAACCUUCUUGGGCAUGCCUGGAGAUUAUACAAGGAAGGCAAGGCUACAGAAUUGAUUGAUGUACAACUACGGAACUCAUGCAAUCUAACUGAAGUGUUGCGUUCAAUUCACGUGGGUUUAUUGUGUGUUCAACAACGGCCUGAGGAUAGGCCUAGCAUGGAAAGUGUGGUUUGGAUGUUUGGCAGAGAAGGUGCUCUGACUCAUCAGCCUAAACAUCCUGGUUUUUUCACUGAAAGAAAUCUUCUUGAAACAGAAAGAAGAGAGAUUGAACAAUGUUCAGCCAAUAUGGUCACCAUAACACAGUUAGAGGCCCGAUAGAAGACAAUUCUUGUUGAUAUGUAAUUGUUAUGAUCCAAGCAAGACCUUUGAGUUUGUUUAGCUAAUGAACAUAAUGUCAAAGCUGUCUUUCUUGGCAACCAGCUUUAGAAAUCUUGGCUUAUGAACACAAUGUUAAGCCCUGUUUUCUAUGCUACUACAAUCUGAUUUACCUAUGUCUUUUACUUAGUUUGGUUGCUUUUCCUUGUCUUGUGUUGGCUAUUUGUAGACUAUGAAUGUUGUUUCACAUGUGUGUAUCUAAAUAUAAACAAUGGGUAAUCA